AUGCAAUUCAAAUCAUUGUCAAUUGCUGCUUUAUUAGCAACUUCUGCUCUAGCUGCAGACUCUUCUUCUUCCUCCGCUACUAAGAGUUCUUCCUCUUCAGUUCCUUCAGGUUGUAGUCUAGGUUCUAGUGCUACUGCUACUGCUCAAACAGAUUUAGAUCAAUAUUCAGGUUGUACCACUUUAGUAGGUAACUUGACUAUCUCAGGUGUCCUAGGCUCUGGUGCUAUUGCUAACGUUCAAAAGAUUGACGGUUCUCUAAGAAUCUACAAUGCCACCGAUUUAGUUACAUUCUCUGCUGAUUCUAUUCAAGAAAUUACCGGUUCUUUAGAAUUACAAUCUUUAACCGUUUUAACUACUGCAUCUUUCGGUGCUCUAGAGAAAGUAGGUACUAUUAGUUUGAUCACUUUACCUGCCAUCUCUACUUUUGCAACAAAUUUGAAAGCUGCUAGUAACAUCCUAAUCUCUGAUACUUCUUUAGAAUCUAUUGAUGGGUUCUCUGCUUUAAAGACUGUCGAUUCAUUCAAUAUUAACAACAACAGAUACUUGACCAGUGUUAAGGCUUCUUUGGCUACUGUCUCUAACGCUUUAGAAUUAGGUUUCAAUGGUCAAAACACUGCUCUAUCCUUCGAUGAAUUGAUUUGGGCUAAUAACAUCACUUUAUCAAGUGUAUCAAACGUUUCUUUUGCUAAAUUACAAAAGGUUAAUGCCUCUAUGGGUUUCAUUAACAAUACUUUCACCGAUUUGAACGUUGAUGAAUUAGAAUCUGUUGGCCAAACUUUCACCAUCACUUCUAAUGACGAUCUAGACAGUGUCUCUUUCAAGAACUUGACCACUAUCGGUGGUGGGUUUGUCGUUGCUAACAACACUAACUUAAAGACCAUUGACACUUUCAGUAAAGUCUCAACCAUUGGGGGUGCUUUGAAUGUUAUCGGUAACUUCACUUCUCUAGAUCUUUCUUCUUUGAAAUCUGUCAGAGGUGGUGCUGAUAUCGAAACUUCUGGUUCUAACUUCUCCUGUGAUGCUUUAAAGAAAUUGCAAAGUAAAGGUGCUAUUCAAGGUGACAACUUCAUCUGUAAGAAUGGUGCUGUCUCUUCUUCCUCUUCUUCUUCUGUUUCAUCUUCUGCAUCUUCUACUAAAUCUGGAUCUUCAAAGAGUACCUCUUCCUCUUCCAAUGAUGACUCCUCUAGCUCUGCUUCAUCUAGCUCUUCUUCGAAGACCUCCAAGUCCAAGGGUGCUGCUGGUAUGGCUUAUGUCAUCCCACAAGCUUCCCUUUUCGGUCUAUUCACUGCUGUCCUAUCUGCUUUGUUAUAG